GAACGGAUUCUCUGUUGUUGAUGAAAGCAUGAAAAAAAACGUGUGCUGUUUUUCGGUUUUUUUAAAAUUAAUUUUGUUUUGAAACAUGAUUUUAACCACGGAAAAUAUCGAAAUGAAUAAUGAUGAUCGUAAAAACGAACCAUCAGUAACAAGAACAAUCGUUGACGAUGAUGGACAACAAUUAUCAUUUCGUAAAGUUGGUGGUUUUGAUUUACUCGUUGAUCGUCCAUUCGUUACUGAUGAUCAACAAUCAUUAUUAAUAAUAUCGGGACGGAAAAUACGUAAAUAUUUCAUUGAGAAUGGUAAUUUUUUAGAAGAAUAUUAUUUCGGUAUCAAUGCAUCAAUCGUUACUAUACAACGAAAUGAAAAUCCAAAUGAAUGUUGGCUAGCAUUCGAAAAUGGUCAUAUAAUUCAAUGGAAUUAUUGGGAAAAUUUUCGUAUUAGUCAAAUGAAAAUUCCAUCAAUCGAUCGUAGCCAUUCAUUAGUAUAUUAUAAACGUAUUGAUAAUAUUUGUUAUUUUGUAACUAAAUUAUUGAUGAAAAAAAAGAAUACUGUUCGUUAUAAGCUACAAUAUUAUUAUCAAAAUAAUCCGGAAAAUCAAAUGUUAAUUGAUCGUUCGAUGAAUUUUUCGGGAAAAUUUUCAACCAAAUCAAUUUCAUUUUCAUCCAACGGUCAAAUCUGUGCUGUAAUUAAUUUAAAUCAAUUAUUCAUUUAUGAAUUACCGAUAUCAUUAACAAGUCGAAAACAAAUUUAUAAUUGUGAAGAUAAAAACAAACAUUUUACCGUAAUACGAUUUCAUCCGAUUGAAUCGAUCCUGGUUACAGGUGAUACCAAUGGCCAAAUACAUAUUUGGAAUGAUUUAUUCGCAACAAAUCGACAACCAAUAAAAUCUAUUCUACAUUGGCAUUCACAAUCAGUUGCCGAUUUAGUUUAUUCACCGAAUGGUACAAAUCUUUUUUCAGUUGGUAAUGAAAUGGUUUUGGUUAAAUGGAAUCUGGUUGGACAAAAUUUUGGUGAAAAAACAUUUGUACCACGUCUGGGUGAAAAAAUAUAUUUUGUAACUAUGGACAAGAAUAAUGAAUUUGUUAUAACAAGUCAUUUGGAUCAAUCCAUUCAGAUUAUUGAUGCAAAAAUGAAUGGUAUUCGUACGGUUAUUGAAGGUUUAUCAUUUUCAAAGGGAAAUAAUUUGUAUCGUUCGGCGGUUGGUCUGCAUUUUAAUCAUCGAUUAGAAUCGAUUGCUAUGAAUGGUCGUAUUGGUCAUCUACAAUUUUAUUCACCAUUUUAUCAACGACAGCUAUUUCAAUUAGAUAUUACUGAACAAAAUAUUAUUGCUGCACCAACAAUUCGAUCAAGUCGUUCAAGAAAACAUUCUAUUGAAGAAGUUGAUAAAGACAAUUUCAUUCCCAUACAAGUAACAAGAUUAGCUAUCAAUGAUGAUGGUUAUUGGAUGGCAACCAUCGAAUAUCGUAAUGAUGAAGAAACAUCACCAGAAAUUCGUUUAAAAUUUUGGUUAUUAUUACCAUCGAAUAAUGGUUUUGAAUUGAAUACCACCGUUCAUUUACCACAUGAUGAUGAUAUUAAUUAUAUGGAAUUUUCAACUUCAAAUUCUUCAUCAUCAUUGCAACAAUCAAAACAUCGAAAAUUGCCAUCCGAAUUACAUUUGGUAACGACAAGUCAAGAUAAAACAUUUAAAAUAUGGGAUUUAAAAACGUCUGCUGUUGCUUCGGGUAAUCGUAAACAAUGGUGGAAUUGUUCAAGACAAGGAUCAUUGAAUAAUAAUUCCGUACCAAGAAUGGCAUCAUUUUCAUCCGAUUCAUCAUUAUUAGCUGUUUUAUUUGAUGAAAAUCAUUUGACAAUGUGGGAAUUGAAUUCGAAUGAAUCGAAUAAUGAUAUACGUUAUAUACCACGUAUGGAUAUUUUUGAUAUUUUCCAUAAUAAUGGUAAUGAUGGUGAUGAUCAACAACAACAACAAAAAUCAAUCGAAAAUAAUCGCUAUAUAAUCUAUAUUGGUUUUGGACAGAAACAAUUUUCACAUUAUCUUAUUGAAGGUCAUCGUCGUGGUCUAAUUGUUCGUAAUGUUGUACGAAAAUUUCAGAAAAUUUUUGAAUAUAAUAUUCCAACCAAAUGUAAUGAUAAUAAUGUAUUACCAAUCGAUUCAAUUGUCAAGGAACGUGGUGAAAAUAUUCUUGCUUUGAUUGCAUUGGAUCGUAUUCGAUUUUUAUGUCUACAACAACAAUCAGUGGUCGCUUAUGUUGAUUUAGCAACAAUGAAAAAUUUUCGUGGAACAAUUAUAUCAUCGGUAUUUUUGCCGUUAAAAUUCGAAAGUGAUAACCACGAUGAUGAUAACCAAGAUGAUAGUGAAUUAUCAUUCAAGCAAAAUUAUCUUUGUUUGACCGAUCAAAAUGAAUUAUUUCGUACCAUAUCAUCACAAAGUAAUACGGAUGGUGGUAAAAAUAUCCUGGAUGAUUAUUCUGAAACCAUUAUGGUUGGUACACAAAAUGAUUUACGUACCGAAACAUUCAUUCGAAAUAUUGAUGAUAAUUAUCGAUCAAAUAAUUGUUUAGCAACAUUGAUGGCCAUCAAUGAUGAUGAUGACGAUGGAUCCAACAAACAAAAAUUAUCAGAUCGAACAACAAAAUCAACAUCGGAAUUGAUUAAAAAAUAUUUCUAUCAUAUACCAUCACAUGUAUUACCACCGGUUCAUAUUUUGGAAAAAUCAUUUCUUUCCGAUUAUCUUCAAACUUUACAAUUAUCAUCAUCGACGACGUCAAAGAUUGAUGAGAAAAUUGAUAAUGAAAAAAAAUCGAAUAAUGAUGAUAAUUCAAGACAACAACAACCAUCAGAUGAUAAUCAACAAUCUUUAAUGACUUAUGAUCGAAAAAUAUUUGAAUCAAAUUCCAUUAUCGAUGAUAAUUAUGAUGAUGGUGGUGAUAAUCCAAUAAAAAGUAAUGAUUUUUUCUGGCUAAAUCAAUAUGUUCGAUCAUCAUUGGUCAAUAAUGAUGAUAAUGAUCCUAAGACGAUAGAUGGCGCUACGACCGAUUAAAAUAUUUUGAAAUUUUGUAAAUUUUUUAUUUUUAUUUUUUUAAAGAUUUGUAUUUUUCAAAUAAAUUCUAUAAUUAAAUCAAA